CCGACCAAGGGAUCGAACCCGGGUCUCCUGCAUUGCAGACAGAUUCUUUACCGUCUGAGCUACAGGGUUGCCCUUCCCCAAUAUCUUCAUCAAUAACUGUCAUUUUUUUCUCUUUCUUCUUACUUCUCUUUCUCCAUCUCUCCUCUUUCUCUGCCUCUGUGAUGGCCUUAUUGAUGAUCACAACAUUCUAUUGUACUUCACACUGUAGGAAACAGCCUUUAAUCUAUUAACCCCUCUCUCUCCUGAGGCUGAGGAGCGCGGAGGCGAGAUGACUCCGUCUCCCAUCCUACGCAAAGAGCGCUCUGACGAGCAGUUCGCGGAUCGCUGUAAAGAUACAGGCGCUGCCCAGCAGUCCGGCGAGAAGGACCGCGGCAGGGAUAAAGCUCGGAAGCGGCGCAGGGCCUCGGGCGGUAGCAGCAGCUCGGGGGCUCGGUCCCGCGCGGGCUCCAGCCGCGGCUCCAGCUCGCUCUCAGCAUCCGGCCGCUCGGGACGCUCCAGUGGGUCCCGCAGCUCCAGCUCCAGCUCCAGCAGCUCCCACAGCUCUCCGAGGCCUUGGCGCCCCCGAGACCACAGGCGGCGGUCCGGUUCCAAACCCAAACCACCCAGACGAGAUGAGAAGGAAAAGAGAAGGCGCAGCCUCGCCCCUAAGCCCACCAAAGUGCACGUCGAGAGGCUCACCCGGAAGGUGACCAAGGAGCACAUCCGGGAGAUAUUCUCCAUCUUCGGGAGAGUUAGAAAGAUCGACCUGCGCAGGGACAGGAUGCGCGCGCAUCCGCCUCAAGGCCACGCCUACGUGGAGUUCGAGAAUCCGGAAGAGGCUGCGAAAGCGCUCAGGCACAUGGACGGAGGGCAAAUUGACGGCCGGCAGAUCACGGCCAGAGCCGUGCUGGCCCCCUGGCCCCAGCCACCCCCUAGGCGACUGAGCCCUCCCCGGAGAAUGCUGCCACCACCCUCCACGUGGCGCAGGCUGAGGAGGAGCAGGUCGCGUUCCCCUUGGGGCAGAUCCCCUGAGCGCCAGCGACCCCGCUCCCCUCGCCGCCCCCGCCACUGGAGCGGCUCCAGCUCCAGCUCCUUUCGAAGCUAUAGGAAAUCUGACUGAAGCAACCCAGUCUGAUGGAGAAAACCGAGAAAUCAAUUGCUUUGAAAAGGCAAAAGAGAGAAGCUGAACAAACUAAUAAACUCUUUAUUGGUGUCUUGAACUUUGAAACCGCAGAAGAAAGUCUGAGGAACUGUUACCAGCAGCGGCAAGAACUUAGAGACUGUGUGGUCCUGAGGGAUCCUUCCAGCCAAAGAUCAAGACUGUGUGGUUUUGUCACCUUUUCUUCCAUGACCGAGGUGGAUGAAGUGCCCACCGGACCCCAUUCCAUUGACGGCAUAGUGCUUGAACCCAAACAUGUGUCCCAGAAGCAGCAUCUGGACAGCGGGGUGUUCUUUGGACACUGAAGAAACUGUUUGUUGGUAUUCAACAAGAUACUAAGGAACAUCAUCUUAGAGAUUACUUUGAGAAAUAUGGACAAAUGGUACCAUUGAAACCAUUACUGAUAGGCAGUCUGGCAAGAAAAGAGGCUUUGGAUUUGUGACUUUGAUGACCUUGAUUCUGUGGACAAGACUGUGUUGCCGAAAAACCAUACCAUCAAUGGUCAUCAUGCAAAAGUCGCAAAGGCUUUGUUAACAUGGGAAAUGCAGCAAGUCCAGGGUUCUAGAAGUGGAGGAGGAGGCCGCUUUGGUUUGGGGGUUUAUCCUGGUGGUGGUAGUGAUUUGGGACUAGCAUCAGGAUGAGAAAGUAACUUCUGGGGAGGAUCUGAUGCAUAUGGAAAUGGUCCUAGGUUUAGGGGUGCUUAUCAUGGGGCUGGAAAAGGGAGAGACAGAGGGUCUGUCUGGUGGUGAAAGUCCCGCAUCUGGCAACCAUGAUUGAGGCUGCAGAGGUGGUCAUGGCAACAAUGGAGGAGGAAAUUGUAGAAGUGGAAUUAACAAUGACUUUGGAAAUUAUCAGCAGCAAUCUAAUUACAGUCAAUGAGGAAUGGAAACUUUGCUAGCAACUUGAGGGCUCAAUAUGGUGAAGGAAACUCUGGUCCAGGAGGCAGUGAGGGAUGUGGGGGUUGGGAGGGCGAAGCCGAAACUGAGCUUCUUCCUGUUUGCCCUGGGCUUCACUGUCUAAAUAGUGGAGGAUGAGAGCCCAGAGGUAACUGGGCAGCUUCAGGUUAUGAGUAAACAUGCAGUGAUAUGGCAGAAGAAACCAGAGCAGGUGCAGAGAGCCUUUUGUGAAUGAAUUGAAUUAUUUAAGAACAUUGCCUUCCUGUAGAGGAGAAACCGUAUGGAAAAUGCCUUUGAGGCAGUUUCUUAGCUUAACUGUUUUUUUCUAGUGAUCUUUGUCAGAGUGUAGAAAUGUCACUUCUUUGAUAAUGUUAAAUUUGUUUAAUAUUAAACAUUUUGUUAAAUGUUUGUAAAUUGUUAACAUUUCUUUAUAAAAUGUUAAGUUUUUAAAAACCUUUUGCAAGAUUUUUCUCAGUUUUUGAAAAGCUAUUAGUCAAAAGUAUGCUAUAAUGAAACAUAUUAAUAACAUUGCUCCUUAAAUUUUAGCAUGUAGAAAUUAUUAUAUGAAGCAGUUGUACAGUUAUGACUUAAUAAAAUAAUUC